AUGAGCGACCCUCAACGCGAUGCCCCGCCGUUGAGCGCCCACAUUCCCGCUACCACCACGACCACGACGGUUCUGCCUACGACAAACGGCUCUGCCAAAGGCGACGACGUUCCCGAUGCCGGACUGAGAAGUCUCGAUCACUACAAGCGCGCCCUGCCAAAAUGGCGAUACAAUCUGCGCCAACAGAUGCUGCCUCUGAUCCGCUGGGAGACACCCUACCUUGCGUGGAUGCAAGAGAAGUUGCGGACUCCAGCUCUCGAUAGUUACUUCGCCAUCACUGCCAACCUCGGAACCCAUACCUUCUUCAUGAUCGGAUUACCCAUCUGCUUCUGGUGUGGUUAUGCAGCAUUUGGCAAGGGACUUGUACAUAUUCUUGCGCUCGGUGUCUUCUGGACAGGCUUUAUCAAGGACUUCUACUCUCUCCCGCGACCACUUUCGCCUCCUUUGCACCGAAUCACGAUGUCUGGUUCUGCAGCCCUCGAAUAUGGUUUCCCUUCGACCCAUAGCGCCAAUGCCGUAUCUGUCGCUGUCUAUGCGGUUCUGAUACUACGCAGUCCCGAUAACACGCUAGCUCCAACCACCAAGUUCGCACUCGAAUGCCUCUCAUACUUCUACGCUGCUUCGAUCAUAUUUGGGCGCUUAUACUGUGGCAUGCAUGGCUUCCUCGACGUAAUUGUUGGGUCCAUCAUGGGUGCCGCGAUUUCUCUUCUCGAAUUCUACUACGGACCUCCCUUGGAUGAAUAUAUGCACUCCAGCUCUUGGGCUGCGCCUCUUGUAGCUGCCUUGAUUAUUCUUGUACUCGUACGCAUCCACCCUGAGCCGGCAGAUGACUGUCCAUGUUACGAUGACAGUGUUGCCUUCGCUGGUGUUGUCAUUGGUCUCGAAUUCGGCACUUGGACGUACGGCAAAAUUGCGCUGGAUCCUUGGGAGACUCAUGCGCAUGGAGGAGGAUCAGUGGAUAUUACGCACUUGGGAUUGGCUGCCAACGUGGCUAGGAUCGUUUUCGGCGUUCUUGUCGUCUUUGCGUGGCGCGAGACGAUGAAGCCUCUACUGCUUAAGCUCUUGCCUCAUCUAUUCCGAAUAUUUGAACAGGUUGGGGUAAACAUGCCUCGACGGUUCUUCACUCCUGCUAGUAAGUAUAAGACUGUACCAACAGGCUCUCGUAUCGAUACGCUUUUUCCUUCGCCGUCCGACUUCCCACGCAUGGUCGAGAGUAUCCGAAACCCUACCACCCGAGGUCGCUCUGUGUCGAUUGGUCCUCAGAGUGCCGCAGAUGCAUACGAGACCUUGGCGUAUAGAGAGCGCAAGCGACGCGAGAGUGUCAGCAGUAACCAUAGCUUGAAGAGCAAGUCAAGCAACCUGGAGCUCCAGACCACGCAUGAAGACUAUUCUGGCAAGGGAGCUCAGGCGUCUGGGGCACAGGCAAACCGAAUCGUCGAAUUCGAGCAGAUGAUGGGGACCGGCGAGGUUGUGACAACACCAGCCGCCGAUGAUGAUCGGGUUGAGAUCUUUGUUACGGGCACCGAGGACGGGUUGGGAGAGCGGGAGAUGUUCUCGCAAUUAAUCAAACCUCGUGUGCGAUACGACGUCGAGGUCGUGACUAAGCUCGUUGUUUACACUGGUAUUGCUUGGUUUGCAGUGGCUAUUAUCCCCAUAAUGUUUGAGAUUCGCAACAAGCUCAAGAGUUGCGGGACGAGCAACCCCGGAAAACAUUCCAUCACCAAAGGGACUACAAAGACCGAAAGCAACAAGAAAACAAGCGCAAAUAUGUCUGAUAUUGGGGAUGAGAUGGACGUUGACGUCCCCGUCGUCAGCAAAGAUGUGAUAUUUUCCUCUGAAGCCAAGCAAGGCAAGCGAAGUGCUGCCAAUCUGCCAGUUGAGGCUGAGGAUAGUCUCCCUUGGGUUGAAAAGUACCGCCCAAACACCCUCGACGACGUCUCGGGCCAUCAAGAUAUCCUCGCUACUAUCAACAAAUUCAUCGACCAGAACCGUCUCCCUCAUCUACUCCUCUACGGUCCCCCAGGUACCGGGAAAACGUCGACAAUUCUGGCCCUUGCUCGUCGUAUCUACGGAGCUGCGAAUAUGCGUCAAAUGGUUCUCGAACUCAAUGCCUCAGAUGACCGUGGUAUUGAUGUAGUGCGGGAGCAGAUCAAGACAUUUGCUAGUACCAAACAGAUCUUCUCCGUGGGUGGUGCAUCUGCCCGCUCAGGCAACUCGAUGGCUGGAUUUAAGCUCAUUGUUCUGGAUGAGGCUGAUGCUAUGACGAGCACAGCCCAGAUGGCUCUACGACGAAUAAUGGAGAAGUACACCACCAACACACGGUUCUGUAUCAUUGCAAACUAUUCCCACAAGCUUAGCCCAGCACUUCUGAGUCGAUGCACACGGUUCCGCUUCAGUCCGCUGAAGGAGGGUGAUAUUAGGGUGCUAGUUGACAAGGUGGUGGAUGAGGAGCAUGUUAGGAUUGGCGGAGAGGCGGUCGAUGCGUUGGUGAAGUUGAGCAAGGGUGAUAUGCGAAGAGCACUGAACGUUCUACAGGCCUGUCACGCAUCAAGUACACCAUUGCGAGCGAAGGAUGCACCUAAAGUGCCUGACAGCGAAAUUGAACGCGAAAACAUCACAACGGAGACUAUUUAUAACUGCAUCGCGGCACCCCCACCUGAUGCCAUUAAAGAGAUUGUGUCGACGCUGCUUAAGACAUCUGAUGUCACAAGUUGUCUAAACACUAUUAACGCUCUCAAGGUGUCGCGAGGUCUUGCGCUGGCGGAUAUCAUCACGGCGCUCUCCGAGGAGUUAGUGAAGCUAGAGGUUGGUCCCGAGGUGAUGAUCACCUGGCUGGAUGGUCUCGCCAACAUCGAGCAUAGAGUCGCCGGUGGAGGCAGUGAGUUGAUUCAGACUGGAGCAGUUGUUGGAGUUGUCCGAAACGGAGUUGAGUUGAUGAGCCGAUAA